AAGCGAGAUCCGGAUGUUGGAUGCAUUAAUUAAACAAACAACAUGAGGCGGUGUCCAGUCAUUAUCCUUCCUAAUUACGUUAACACCUGUCGAUGGAGAGGAGUGCUUUUCACUUCAUGACUCUCCAUCUAACUCUUCACCUCCUUUUAACCCAUAUCAACUCAACUCCCACCAUUUGAAUUGAAUUGAUUUGAAUAAAGUCCAUCGAAUUUGAAUGAAAUGGCUUCUUCACUUGUACUGCAACUCCUCAUCCUCUGCAGUGUAAUUAGCUUUGUGAGAUCAGAUGCCUCUGAUCAUCGUUACCAAGUGGGUUACGAUGUUCCUCUUUACGCCAACAAGGUUGGACCUUUCCAUAACCCCAGUGAAACAUACCGUUAUUUUGAUUUACCCUUUUGUUCAUCAGCUCCUGUUAAGGAAAAGAAGGAAGCUCUUGGAGAAGUGUUGAAUGGUGAUAGAUUAGUGAGUGCUCCGUACAGACUUGAAUUUCUUGGUGAUAAAGAUGCUGAACUUGCUUGCAAAAAGCAUCUGAGUAAAGCAGAAGUUGCUAAUUUUAGAAAUGCUGUUUCAAAAGAUUACUACUUUCAAAUGUAUUAUGAUGAUUUGCCCAUAUGGGGUUUUUUGGGGAAAGUUGACAGAGAAGGCAAAUCUGACCCUAGUGAAUACAAAUAUUAUCUCUUUAAGCAUCUUCAGUUUGAAAUCCUGUACAAUAAGGAUCGUGUGAUUGAGAUUAGUGUAAGAUCUGAUCCAAAUGCUGUUGUGGACCUGACUGAGGAUAAUGAAGUUGAUGUGGACUUCAUGUAUAGUGUUAGAUGGAAGGAAACUGAUACCCCCUUUGAGAAGAGAAUGGAGAAGUAUUCGCAGUCGUCUUCUCUUCCUCAUCACUUGGAAAUCCAUUGGUUCUCAAUUAUUAACUCAUGUGUUACAGUUCUGCUGUUAACUGGUUUCCUUGCCACAAUUUUAAUGAGAGUUCUGAAGAACGAUUUUGUUAAAUAUGCUCAUGACGAGGAGACAGCUGAUGACCAGGAAGAAACUGGGUGGAAGUACAUUCAUGGUGAUGUAUUCCGGUAUCCGGAAUGCAAGUCUCUGUUCGCCGCAGCUGUCGGUUCUGGCACACAGCUGUUUGCACUUGCAAUCUUCAUUUUCAUGCUUGCUUUGGUUGGUGUCUUUUAUCCUUAUAACCGAGGAGCUCUGUUCACUGCUCUAGUUGUCAUAUACGCACUUACGUCAGGGAUUGCAGGCUAUACUGCUGCCUCGUUCUAUUGCCAGCUAGAAGGAACAAAUUGGGUGAGAAACUUGCUUCUGACUGGAGGCCUGUUUUGUGGACCUCUGUUUCUCACAUUUUGCUUUCUUAAUACUGUUGCAAUUGCUUACAAUACCACAGCAGCAUUGCCAUUUGGAACAAUAAUGGUGAUUUUUCUUAUAUGGACUUUAGUCACAUCACCAUUAUUGGUAGUGGGUGGCAUUGCAGGGAAGAAUAGCAAAGCUGAGUUUCAAGCUCCGUGUCACACCACAAAAUAUCCUAGAGAGAUCCCACCACUGCCUUGGUACCGGAAAACUGUUCCUCAGAUGGCAAUGGCAGGGUUUUUGCCAUUCAGUGCUAUCUACAUUGAGCUUUACUACAUAUUUGCUAGCGUAUGGGGUCACAGGAUUUACACCAUAUACAGCAUCCUUUUUAUUGUCUUCCUCAUCCUCUUGAUUGUAACUGCCUUUAUUACAGUGGCAUUGACAUAUUUUCAGCUUGCGGCUGAAGACCAUAAGUGGUGGUGGAGGUCUUUCCUUUGUGGUGGAUCAACUGGCUUUUUUAUAUAUGCGUAUUGCCUGUACUACUACUACGCACGCUCGGAUAUGUCAGGAUUUAUGCAAACCUCAUUCUUCUUCGGGUACAUGGCUUGCAUUUGUUAUGGUUUCUUCCUGAUGCUUGGGACUGUUGGUUUCCGUGCUUCAUUGUUUUUUGUUCGUCACAUAUACCACUCUAUCAAGUGUGAGUAGGAAGUUGCUUGGUCUUCAUUAUCUUAAACUGGAACUGUGGUGGGUGACUGAAGCCACAUGCUCCAGCGUCGUAUUUGAAUUUCUACACUCAGUUCAUUCUUGAAGGACUAAUUGCUAUAAUUAUAGGGUAAAAGAGUCAUCGGCAUGUCAGCAACUUUCGAUUGGAGGACUAUUCAGGCUAAUAGAGGCAGUGAAAAGAAGCUUGUAGUAUGAACCUGUGAGCACAAAUUAACAUAAUUCAAUCUGUUUUUUCGUACCCGCAUAAUACCAAAAGUAUUACAAAACAAUCAGCUUGUGUUAACAAAUUAGCGUCGAAUUUCUCUAUUCUAGGCAUUUGAAUUCAAUGAUGGUUGUGUAUUAAGAGGGCAUUUGGUUGGGGGUUACGGGGGAUUAAUGGGGUUAAAUCAUCUUAUAAUGUUUGAUUAUCAUGUUUGGUUUGUCAAGUAAUAUAAGAUUUCGAUAAUCUUCAAAUACUAAU